GUAUAAAUACUUGCGUUAUUCAACUUCACCAGAUAACAUUUAAUUUUACCUAUUCGUGGUUCACUUCAAUUCAGUAAUUUGUUACCUUGGAGUUAUUUUGCGAUUAUCCUGAUUUGAAUGAAAAGCCAGCUAUUGAUUUAUACUUUUGAUGUUCUUAAUGGUAAAUACACAUUUGAUCAGGAAUCCAGUAGUUUAUCGUCUUGGAAUGAAAGUUGCACGAUCAUCGGAUAUUUUGCGGAACUUUAGUGACAUGUUAGGCUAACAGUUAUGUUUUCUAUGACGCAAAAUACUUCUAACAAGCACAAACAAAAAUCACAACAUAAUAUUCAUAAUACAUGCAUGUUUGGGAUGUCUAAAUCUCAUUGGCUAUGCUGCCAACUGUAUGCUCAAUUAGACAGAAAGAAAUUUGAGAAAAAAUUGCCUCGAGUCCAGCAGAAAAACCAACUUUCUUCCAUCCCUCAGAAUCUUCACCUCACCAGUCUUCAUCCCUUAUCCAAGGUACUUUGGGCACUUGUUCCACCAAGCCUUCAUCUUCUGGUUCUUCGGCUGGUGGCAGUAUAAUGCCUCAAGGAAUACCAAUGUCUUGUCCCUAUCCAGAUACUUCAUGUUAUCCUGAAUCAGAAAAACCAAUGAUUGGUCCUGGAUCAGCUCAAUUGCUAUCCUCGGGACGCAAAUCAACUGGUGUAUCAGGAUCGGGUUAUGAAGAGAUGAGUCGUCUUUAUGACCAUUCAAUGGAUACUGAUUUAGAAAUGGAAACUCGUGCAUUGAUGGAAGGAUUAUCACACUCGGAUGCCACAACGGGACCGAUGAGACCAAUUAUCAUGAAAAGUGACGUUUCUCUGACUCGUAUUCCGUGUGAACAUUUGUAUGAAUGUAUACCAGAUGAUUCCAACUAUCACCAUGUUCAUGGGAACAAUUUUUUACACUCAAGUGCUUUAACAGGCUCACCGAGUCAAUUUCAGGGUUCCACUUAUUCACAAAACUCUUACCAUCAAUAUCACCAGCCAUUAUCAUCUUCUCAUCAUAAUCAUCAUUCAACUUUAAACUCUUAAACAACCCAUCCAAAUCAUCAUCACUCAUCACAUUAUUCAUCUCAUCCCCAUCAUCAUCAUUCCCUUGCACCAUCAGAAUAUCAAAAGCUCCACCUAUUCAUCAACAAUAAACCUCAGUCUGCAGACCCCUUGGGGCCGAGAAUCUUAUCAAUGAAUGUCUCCAAUGUAGUUUUCUAACAAACUUGUACCAGUUUUGUUGUAUUAAUGUGCUGAACUGGUAUUAGUGCAAUAUACUUUUCACAAAACAAUGGCUCUCCUAUAAAAAAGUGGUAUAAGUACAAUAAUAUAAUUGUUGGAC